GACCAUGCUGUCAGGCAGCUCUCUCAUCUGGAUUGGGGCGCUGCUUCUGGGGCUCGAGGCUUCGCUGACCGGGGCAUCUGACUUCCAGCACCAUGGCUAUGAGGAGAUGGUGAGGGCUCUUUUUGCCGUCCAGAGCGAAUGCCCCUACAUCACUCGCAUUUACAGCAUCGGUCGCAGCACAGAGGGACGGCACCUAUAUGUCCUGGAGUUCAGUGAUAAUCCUGGCAUCCAUGAAACAUUGGAGCCGGAGUUCAAGUACGUCGGGAACAUGCAUGGAAAUGAGGUGCUCGGAAGGGAGCUGCUCAUCUAUUUAUCCCAGUUCCUGUGUGAGGAAUACCGGGCAGGAAACGAGCGAAUCACGAGGCUCAUCCACGACACACGAAUCCACAUUCUUCCUUCCAUGAACCCUGAUGGAUAUGAGGUGGCAGCCAGGCAGGGUCCAGAGUUCAACGGCUACUUAGUCGGACGUGGAAACUCAAAGGAAGUGGACCUGAACCGCAACUUCCCAGACCUAAAUGCUCUGAUGUACUACUAUGAAAAGCACAACGGACAAAACCACCAUCUGCCACUGCCGGAUAACUGGGAACUACAGGUGGAGCCGGAGACCUUAGCUGUGAUCAAAUGGAUGCAGAACUAUAACUUUGUUCUGUCUGCUAAUCUUCACGGUGGAGCUGUAGUUGCUAACUACCCCUUCGAUAAGUCACGGGAGCCCCGGAUAAGAGGCAAAACUACAUAUUCAGCCACUACUGAUGAUAAAAUAUUCAGAAAGCUGGCAAAGACAUACUCUUAUGCCCACAGUUGGAUGCACAAGGGCUGGAACUGUGGCGAUUACUUUGAUGAAGGAAUCACAAACGGAGCCAGCUGGUACUCUCUGUCUAAGGGGAUGCAGGAUUUUAACUACCUCCACACGAACUGCUUUGAGAUCACUCUGGAGCUCAGCUGUGAUAAAUUUCCUCCAGCGACGGCUCUCGCCAAUGAAUGGCUGGCCAACAGAGAGGCUCUAGUAUCCUACAUGGAGCAGGUGCACCAUGGGAUCAAAGGAAUGGUUUAUGAUGAGAACAACAACGCAAUUAGCAAUGCAGUGAUCUCUGUGGCAGGCAUAAGCCAUGAUAUCACCAGCGGGACGCUUGGAGACUAUUUCCGCCUACUUUUGCCGGGUACCUACACGGUGACGGCUUCUGCACCAGGUUACCAGCCCUCAACCAGCACGGUGACAGUGGGACCAGCUGAAGCGAUACAGUUGCAUUUCACUUUAAGAGCUCAGCCAAAAGGAACGAACUUGAACGUGAAGCCCUAUCUCAACAAGAAGGGCCUAUCGACGGCUAAAAUUCCUCCCACCAACCUUGGCCCAAGAUAAAGAGCAAAAACUCUUCUCUCGAUACAGACAAAACAAGUCUUUACAGUUUAAACUGAAGAACAACAAAGAGAAACAUGGACUCUCACUGUGACAAACCUCAUCUUCCUUGUUUGUAUAGAUGCAUAAAAGCGGGUUUUUCAUUAAGAAAUCCAUGUUUUGCUCAUGUUCUUGUGGAGCUUAAAUAUAUGUAUGUCAUAUAAUGGGAACAGGAAAAGUAGAAAAUAUAAGAAAAAAGAUAUUUCUCGUAUGAGAAAUCAGUCUUAGAUUAAUGGAGACAUUGAGAUGGACUGUUACUGGAAAUUAUGUCUGAAUAUGACAAGGUGUUGAUCAGUUUGUCUCCCAUUUGGAUAAUGAUAAUAAAAUAAACAUUUUAUCAUUUAAAAUGAA